AGCGCGUUCGAGGUGGAUAUCGACGAGGGUGCGUCGGUUUCCGCGUUGAAGAAGGCGAUCCAGUCGGAGAAGCCGAACAAGUUGAAGGACAUCGAUGCAGGUGACCUGCAGCUCUUCCUGGCGAAGACGGCGGACGGCGCGUGGCUGUCAGACGAAAGCGAUGCUGCGCUGGAGCUGGAGGAAGGGAAGAGACACGCAGUCAUUCAAACGUUGAUUAAUGGAGAGCCGAUGAAAGCCACGAAGACUCUCCAGUACUGGUUGUUUGGCAAGACCAAGAUGCUUCCACCCUCUACCGAUCAGAUCCACGUGCUGGUGGUGGUU